CGUCGCUUUCCCGCUUUGCUCUUACACCGCCAUUUUAAAUAAAAAUAAAUAAAUAAUAAAGGCGCCGUCUAAGAGCAGUUUUCUUGUCGGGCACCGUAUGUGCUGUCUCUGCGAGAGCUAAAAGCUGCACGUAGCCGCUUUUCACCUCACGACUGGUAAAAGCUUCCUGCGAUUUCAACGACUAAACCAAAGUCCUGUCAUUUCCCCGCUGCGCCAUCUCACAAGCCGGCCGAGCACAGGGUGAGUGUCCUGGAUGGCGCCGCUCUGGCCUACGUAUAUGAGGCGGGCACUGGACGGGUAAUGUUAAUCGGGUAAAAACAUGUCUUCAGCUGAUACAGAAGAUACUCUAAAUAAAGAGGAAUCCGAGACUGUGGAGCAGGCAACAGAAAAGAAAGUGAAAGAUGAUACUGCAAAUGGAAGUGAAGGAGAAGAUGAGGAGGAGGAGGAGGAAGAGGAUGAUGAUGAAGAAGAGGAUGAUGAUGAUGAGAAAAAAGAAAAGAGCCUUAUUGUAGAGGGUAAAAGAGAAAAGAAGAAAGUGGAGAGAUUGUGCUUUGAAGUGUCCGUUGUGAAAAAAGAACCAACCGUAACUGAAGGAAAGGGGGAAAAGCUGUAUGAUAUUGAAAGAGUACAAUACUUUAUAAAGAAAAAGAGAUGUGAAGAAUUACGACUGUUACAUCGAUUGCUCUUCAAUCGUCAGGGCACAGUGAACACGAUAAAGAAAAAUAUUGGUCAGUUUAAUGGUUUUCCCUUCGAAAAAGGCAGUGACCAGCACAAAAAGAAGGAAGAUAUGCUUAAGAAGUUUAAAAAGGAUGACUUGAAAAGCAUCUGUGGUAUUCUUGACCUGGAGAAAUCUGGUGUGAACAGCGAAUUGAUUUCUAGAAUAAUGACUUUCCUAAUAGAGCCAAAGUCUACAGGAAAACCCCUGCCAAAAUCCAAAUCCAAGUCACCGAAAGGUGGUAAAAAGGAACGGAGCAGUUCUGGUUCUGCUCGAAAAUCAAAAUCUCAUAAGUCCAAUGUUAUUUUAACUGAUGAAUCUAGUAGUGAGGAGGAGAAAAAGGGUAAGGAGGAGUCUUCAGCUGAUGAAAAAGAAAGUGAAGAGGAACAGGAGGAUGAAGAAGAAGAAGAAGAAGAAGAGCCCCCAAAGAAGGUUGCCAAGAACGAAAAGCCUAAACCCAAAGUGACAUCAAAGAGUAAAAAGGCUUCAAAAUCUUCAAACAUAAAGAAAGCAGAUAGCAGUACUGCUAAGAGUACAAAUAGUUCCAAGAAAGAGAAAGCUGUUCAGUCAGAGAGUGAAUUGGAUGACAGCUCAGAUGAUGAACCUUUAAUCAAAAAGGUGUAUAAACCACCUACGGAUGAUGACCUACGUGAUACCGUAAAGAAGCUUUUGGCUGAAGCAAAUCUUGAAGAAGUCACAAUGAAACAAAUCUGCAAGAAGGUAAAUGAAAGUUAUCCGAAGUGUGAUUUGACUUCAAGAAAGAAAUUUAUAAAGACCACAGUUACGGAAUUACUCUCCUGAUUCUGUAAAUUACUUUUUUAUUCAUGGAGAAUACAUGGACAUUUGGGAUAUGCGCAUUUGGAAUACAAGCUCCAAGAAAUCAGACACCAGCAAAAAUGUAUUGUUUUUACCACUUUGGGUACAGUGUAUUUUAAGCAGAUUUUGCUGUUUUGAUUUGAAAUAUAUGUAAAUUGCUUAGUUUAAAACUUUUUUUUUACCAUAAUUGUGUGUUUUUUUGCUUUUUAUUUAGGUUUCUUUUUUGUGUUCUGGUUUAUUUUUAAAUCACUCGUUAAACCCUUUAAUAGCAUUAGUGCCACCUAGAGGGUUUGUCUCACCAUUAACACUUAUCACCUGUCCUAAGAAAAGAGGAUACAAGUAUAUCAAGGGGGUUGGACCACCAGGUAUUAACUCAGAAUGGAGUAGUGGUAGCAUGUGGGCUCUGCCACUCCACUGUCUAAGGGACUGUCGAAGAUUACGCUUGCUGUCUCCGAAAGCCCCUAUAGACAAUGAGGGAAGAGGAUGCUAUCUUCUGGCAGGAUACUUGGAGACCCCUACUCUCAAGGUCAGGGGAGGGUCCUAGCCCUCUCUCAUACGUAUCACCUAUUCUGUGGAUAGGGGAAACAUGCUAAUGGCAGGACAACACCUUUUUAAAUGGGAGGCUAUUUGCACAGGGAUUUCUAUUGUAAAAUUACAAGUUGUUGUGCUUUAAAUAAAUUACAUUAUUCGUGGAAAGCAAGAGGAUUUAAAAAAAAAAAUUAAAUAAAAUGCACAUCAGAAAUGUAAAAAAAUAAAUAAAAAUAAACACACAGGCCCCUCCUGGUGUCAGCAUUAUAAAUUGAU